AGUUUAGUAGGAAAUGUCCAGAUUCUCUCAAGGAGAUAUUGAAGUAGACGAAACUCAGAAGCAGGCUGCUAUCAAGAAAAAAGUCCAGGCAAAUGAAGCGUAUAAGAAAAAGGAAUAUGACAAAGCUCUCGUUUUGUAUGACGAAGCGAUACAAUUGGAUCCUACUCAGGUGGUUUUCUACAAUAAUAAAGGAGCGGUUUACAUUGAAAAAGGGCAAUAUCUGAUGGCAAAGAAUGUAUGCUCUAAAGCACUCGAGAUUGGAGAAAAAUAUAGUGCUGUUAACAGAGAUAUUUCCAGGGCUCUGGAGCGCAAAGGAAAAGCUUGUUUUAAUCUAGGCGAAGUCUACAACGCCAUGUGGAGUUAUAAAAAGGCGAUGUUGCUUCACGAAAAGAUCAAUAUUUCUGAUGAACUAGAAAAGGUUUAUGCAGUCGUCAAGGACGCUCUGCUUAAACCAGACGAUUUGUCGGAGAACAAGAUCGAAGCUGCAGGUGAUAUGAUAGCACGGAUUUACGUUGACCGUCAGGCGAGGUAUAAGAUGGAGUAUGAUACUCCUGCUAUGUUCCCUCCUGCUCCACAACAGACCUUCGUUGAUGCCUUCUCAGAAGAGGAUUCUUCUCAAUUGAGCUUGAAACAAAAAGACCAACAAGUUCAGUAUGAUGCCGAGGUUGACCUCUUUAGGGCACUGGAGAGUUUAGAAGCUAAAGGAAAGAUAGUUGUCUUGCAUAGCUUUGAUUUCAGUAAAGAACAAGCUCAAUUGUUCUCUAUGUCAGAAGAAUCCUCUAAAAAUCAAGGAGAAGGAGAGCAGGAUUUCUUGGUUAUUGUUAGAGAUCAAGCAAUAGUCCUGUUCGAAGUGAAGUCCCCCAUUCAAAUUAGUAAUAAUAACUUUAAGAAAAAUGUAAUUGAAUCUAGAAAGCAGCUUGAUCGAGCAUACGAACUUGUUUCAAAUAUAUACAUGAAAUUUGGGGGUUUAACAUCUGACUUGACGAUUCUCCAGUUUACUGUCUUCCCUAAGACAGCAAAAGUCGAUCUCACUAGUUUUCCUUCAUACAAGGCAUAUCUGGCAAACAAAAUGGGGAAUAUCAAGGUUUUAUUCCAGGAAGAAAUCCAGAACUUCAGCAAUUGGUGGACUGAUAAUUAUGGCAGGUCUACUCCAACCUAACAUUUCUUCUGGCGACAGAACGAUAAUGCAGCGCCUUGAAGCUUCCUUAAUUGGACUUUGGUGUAUUGACAAGAAAAACAUCUGUAAUAUUGACAUAUGCAGCUUAGGAUAUUGUAUCAGACAGGUUGACGAGGCAAUAAAAUCUGAGCACAUAACUCACAGGAAAUAUUUGAAGAAACCAGUGUCAAAAAGUGUCGAAGUGAGUCCUGAUAUAUUCAAAACGUUUCUUGGCAUCGAUUGCCUCACUGAUGAACAAUUGCAGAUAUUUCAAGAAAGUAAAAUGUCCCAGUUCAUCGUGGGAGCAGCUGGGUCUGGAAAAACGAUUUUGCUCUUUGGCAAAAUAAUACAACUCUUUCGAGGAUCAUCAAAUAAUAGGGAUGGAAAGAAGAAAUUCCUUCUUUUAACAGGAACUAUGGAUUUGGCAGGUGUUGAAGAACUUUUUAGCAAGGUUGGUAUGAGGGUCAUGGUUUCACACAGUGUGUACGGAGGACAUAAUUCCAGAUAUGGAAAUUUGAAAUUACAGAAAAAUGACCUUUUCUUUGAAGCUUUCAACAGCAACGAUGCAGCAUCUGACAUCUUUAUUUUGCAUCAUGAAUCGCUACGAGAACCACAUUUUUGGCCAGAGAACUUCUUCGUGGAAUUGUGAAAGAAGCAUUCUUUAGUGUGAUCAAUCAUAAACAUUGCCACAUAUUUAUCGAUGACUUUCAUAACUACUUGGAUAAACGUUUAGCGUUCCAUAUAGACAAUGAUCCUCAUUAUGAAUAUGAUACAGGCUUUUCCCAAGGUCUAAUUCGAGGACUUUUCCAAGAGAUGACUAAAAGAAUUGGUGUGGAAACGCUGUCAGAUUCAUACUUCUGGCUGGUUUACGACCAAAGUCAAAUGACUGUUUCAUUCAAGUUAAAACAUGAAUCUUUAGGAUCAUUUUUACGGCGCCGGCAGCUUUUAUUCCUUUACGAUAGAGAUUUAAGAAACGCUCUUGAUGACAAGUUUGAAAAGAAUAACGACUUAUUUCGAUCACUAUCAAGAGGCCUUAGAAAUACAGUAGACAUCACUCUUGCUAUAGAGAAUGUAUACAUGCACAAAGCAAACCAUUUUGCUGGACCAAAACUGAAAAAAACACUUAAGCUACCUAAAUUAUACAAAGGACCUGGUCAUCAAAUCAAUGGCCCAAAACCAGUUUGUGUCUUUGUUAAAAAUAGCGAUUUUCAAGAAUAUUUGGUACACAAAGUAAUAUUAGACGAACUUGAAAAACUGCUUCUUUUGGGUGAUCACCUAUCUCCGGCAGACGUAGCGAUUAUAUCUGACUCGCACACUCCACUCGUCAACCACGGCAGCAAAGAAGAACCUUGUCCCAUACCAAUGAAAAUGAUGAUGAAAUUGCAAGGUAAAUUAGAUGAAGUUACCAUACGAAUGAUCACUGAUCGUGAUUGCAUUCAGGCAUCUGAGUGGAAGGCUGUGAUAUAUGUAGCUAAUCUCCGGGAAAAUAUUAAUCGAAAGGGUUUCAUCCCGCAAAGCGGGAAAAAACCUGAUGUUAUAGGAUCGUAUAUGUCAUUUCAACUGUCGUCGAUGUAUGUGACAUUGAGUAGAGCUAGAGCUUACCUUGUAGUUAUAGGCAAACUUGGUGGUGAGGAGCGCCUGGAAUUUUCUGACGUUAUAGCACGUAAGUGGAAAUCGUAUUCGAAGCAUGGUACCGGACCUAGGACUGGUAUCCUCCGCAAUUUAGCUGAUACGUGGAAAAAGGAUCCAGGACUUCAUCAGGGGGACAUUGUGGAACCUACAUUUAAUAAAGGAGAACAUGUUUUCCUAAAGAAGAGUGAUUUUCUUCAGCGUGUUGUCGAUAACAGCACACAUUUACCGGACUAUAAGUUUAUAGAUUCAAGUGUAUUUGAUUCACAGGAGAGGGCCAUCAAAGGUGAAGGAAUUUGGUUUCGGCCAGAAAAUACUGUAGAAUUUUCAGAAAGGCCGGAUGCCCCAGAAUAAAUGAGUUCUCGUGUGGAUGUAUAGGGUACUGUCUUAGCUUUAGUGUAUGAGGUGACUAAAUCUUAAAGGGGGAAUCAACUCGAGUCUUUAGUAUAACCGGCGAAGCCUCCCAUACAUUAUAAAUAACUGAUAAAUGAUAUUCCACACAAAGCAUGAAAUUGUGCUGUAUAUGAGUGGUGAUUUCGUUCUGGGAAUCAGGGUCAGUAGCUCAAUUGGUAGAGCAAGAGACGCGAAAUCUCGAGGUUCUGGGAUCAUUCCCCAGUUGUUAUGUCCCUAGUUUUUCAGAGUUAAUCAUCACAUAUAGACAGCAUGAGAGUAGGCCUGGCCAUCUCGAAGUGAUAAUAAUAAUUAAAUGUUUCGCAGAUUGGCAAUUGAUCGGUGUAGUUGGUGUUGUACAUACUGCACUGAUAAUGAUAUCACGUUGAACGUGUAAUGUAAAUAUAGUGUGGAUACAUGCGAAUAUAUAUUCUAAAUAACUGAGAAAUAUCUGGUGAUAAAGCCCAGGAAGGUUCGUGGACAAUGUUAAUGUUUUGUACUGAAAGGAAUGUGCUCUAGGUUGUACUUGUAUAGUUAUUCGUGAGUUGCAUAUUUUAUCGAAUCCAUACUUUUAUUGUUUUUUAAAACUUUUAAAAUAUGGGUAUCGGUUUAUAUAAAUUAAUGACAUUAGACGUAAUUAUCGUGUUUAACCCAUCUGGUUUUCUUCGUACAGUGAUCGUUAUUAUGGAAUAUUGAUAGAGCUUAAAUUUUACAUUAAAAUAACGUAUAAAUUAAGAUAUUCAAUGACUUACAGUUCAGCUAAAAUAUUUCAAAAUUUAUAGAGCUUAAGUUAAGCGGAAAUGAAUAUUGAUGAAUUUAUUCAUAUUGAUGCUGUUUUGACUAUUGUGAUUUUGAUAUAAAUGUCUAAUUUGUAUCCCUUUUUUCUUUUAAUUCCUUACAAUCGUGAUAAUCGUUUAUACUU